AUGACGCGCAAGUACAAGAACCCAAUGACCAACCCGCUGCACUAUGGCACGCCGCAGCUUCUCACUGGCGCGCCAGCCACGUACACUACCGCUCAGCGAAAGCUGCUAGGGUAUGACUACGUCAUUGUCGGCGGUGGCUGCGCUGGCUGCGUGCUCGCCUCCAAGCUCUCCGAGGACAAGGACGUGACGGUGUUGCUGCUGGAGGCGGGCGGCCCGCACACGGGCAUUCUCGAGGCGCGCGUGCCGCUGCUCUUCUCCAAGCUCUUCCACGGCGAGCACGACUGGGACUACAGCACCGUCGAGCAGCCGGGGCUCGCGUACCGGCGCAUGUUCUGGCCGCGCGGCAAGGUGCUCGGCGGCUCAACCACCAUCAACGCCAUGAUGUACCACCACGGCUCCAAGUCCGACUACGACGAGUGGGCCGAGGAGAAGGGCUGCAAGGGCUGGUCCUACGCCGACCUCGCGCCGUAUCUGCGCCGCAUGGAGAACUUCACCGCCAACCCGCAGCGCCCGGCCAUUGAGAUGAAGCACCGCGGCGUCGGCGGCGAGUGGCAGACGGGCUACUCGCACCUGUCGCCCAUGGUCGAGGACGGCUUCAUGCCCGCGUGCGCCGAGGCCGGGAUCGCAGCGAACCCGGACAUCAACACCGAGGGCGGCACGCUCGGCGUCACGCGUUUCCAGACCUUCAUCGACAGCAAGGGCCAGCGCUCGUCGAUGGCGACGGCGUUUCUGACGCCCGAGGUGCUGAAGCGCCCCAACCUGUAUGUCGGCUGCCACGCGCACGUCACGCGCGUGCUCUACGACCGCCUCUACGACGAAAAGGAGCCCGUCGCCAUCGGCGUCGAGUUCAUGACCAAGAAGGGCGGCGAGCGCUACGAGGUGCACGCCAAGCGCGAGGUCAUCCUGUCGGGCGGCGCCGUCAACACGCCGCAGACGCUGCUGCUGAGCGGCAUCGGCCCCGCGGAGGAGCUCACCAAGCUCGGCAUCUCGGUCGUCAAGGACAACGCGGCCGUCGGCCGCCACAUGAAGGACCACCUGUGCCCGACGGGCGUCGUGCUGAAGAGCAAGACGGCGCAUACGUACGACUACCUCAACGACAACAUCAAGGCGAUCCCCGCGCUGCUGCGCUGGCUUGUCACCGGCGGCGGCCCGCUGUCGAGCAACGUCGGCGAGGCGGCGGCGUUUAUCCGCAGCGUCGACCACCCCUUCCCGGCGACCAAGCCGGAGAACAAGCCCAAGGACUUUACGUCUGGCGGCGUCGGCCCGGACAUUGAGAUUCUGGGCGCGCCGAUUGCGUUUAUCCACCACGGCGAGGAGCUCGCGCCGGAGGGCGCCGGCAUCUUUUCCCUCGGACCGUGCCUGCUGCGGCCGCAGAGCGAGGGCACCAUUACGCUGAAGUCGACGGACGCAUUUGAUCACCCCAUCAUCGACCCCAAGUACUUUAGCGACGAGGGCGACAACGACCGCAAGGUCAUGCUCGCGGCGCUGCGCCUCUCCAUCAAGAUCGCCAACAGCCCGCACUGGAAGCCCUUUGUCGAGCCCAUCCCCAGAAACGACAACCCGGGCCACCUGUGGUGGCCGUCGUCGAGCAGCGAGCCCGACAAGAUCCCCGACGAGCAGCUGCUGGCGUUUAUGAAGGAAAAGGCCUUUACGCUGUACCACCCCGUCGGCACGGCGCGCAUGGGGCCCGAAGCCGGCAGCAGCGUCGUGGAUCUCGAGUGCCGCGUGCACGGCGUCGGACGGCUGCGCGUCGUCGACGCCAGCGUCUUCCCCGAGCAGAUCAGCGGACACCCGACGGCGGUAAUUGGCGCCAUUGCGUACAAGAUGAGCGACGUCAUCAAGAAGACGUUUACGCCGGCCGGGCCGCCUCUGGCAAACCUGUGA